CAGGUAUUGAUCUCAUCAAUAUUUUCUAGUCAAGCUAGAUUUGUCAUAGAAGAUGUCCAGUGAUACGCGAGUCUUUCUCCUUUCUGGUGUACGAACUCCCAUAGCUUCUUUUCGAGGAUUAUUCUCCACAGUCAGUGCUGUAGAGUUAGGUGCUACUGCAGCUCAAGCCGCUAUUGAAAUAUCGGGUCUUUCUCCUGAGGAUAUCGAAGAAACCAUUGUUGGUUGCGUUUUGACUGCAAACUGCGGACAAAAUGUUGCUCGACAAGUUGCUAUCUCUGUUGGUAUCCCCAAAUCUGCCCAAGCCGUUACCGUAAACAAAGUAUGUUCGUCUUCCUUGAAAGCUUUAGCUUUUGCUCAUAUGUCAAUCAAGUGCGGUUACCGAAAAAAGGUGCUUGUCGCUGGGUGCGAAAACAUGAGCCAGGUGCCUUUCUACCUCGACCGUGGUGAGAUACCGUAUGGUGGUGCCAAAAUCACGGAUGGUUUGCAAAGAGAUGGUUUGGAAGAUCCCACUCUCAGUCAGUCAAUGGGGUUGUGCGCAGAAAAGUCUGCCAAGGAGUACGGUAUAAGCCGUGCAUCCCAAGAUGAGUAUGCUAUAAACAGCUAUAAGAAAGCUGCAGCAGCUUGGAAGAAUGGUCUCUAUGCUGAAGAAGUCAUACCAGUUAGCGUGAAGACGAGGAAAGGAGUUGUUGUUGUAUCCGAGGAUGAAGAGUAUAAGAAGCUUAUUGAGACGAAGGUACCUAGUUUGAACCCUGCAUUUCUCAAAGACGGGUCGGGUACCAUCACUGCGGCUAAUGCUUCCUCUAUCAAUGAUGGGGCUGUGGCAGCUACGGUAGUUAGAGGAGAUCAAAUCCCAAACGGGCUCACACCAUUAGCAGAGGUUAUCGCAUUUGCAGAAGCUGGUGGAGAACCAGUAGAUUUCACGGUUGCUCCAGUAUCCGCAGCAAAGAAGCUUUUGGAGCAAGAAAACUUGUCCGUAUCCGAUAUUGCCUUGUGGGAGCUCAACGAAGCAUUCUCGGUUACAGCUUUGAUAUUCAUAAAGGAGUUGAGUCUUGAUCCUGCAAAGGUCAAUAUCAAGGGUGGAGCUGUUGCUCUAGGGCAUCCAUUGGGGAUGUCUGGAUUACGGAUAGUGGUGUCCUUGGCCCAUUCGCUACCGUCCGGUGCAUUGGGAAUUGCAGCCAUUUGCAAUGGUGGAGGAGAAGCGAUGGCUAUAUUGAUCCGCAAGCCAUGAAUUGUUUUUCCUAUUGUCUAUUGUCUAUCUCGUAUCCUUUCACAUAUCAUAUGCAUUUUCCUUUCCAUAGAUCUUUUCCUAUGUUACAGUUUUU